UCAGACACAAUGCUGGCGUGUUGUGAAUUAAUCUCAAAUGCUGCACCAAUGCGGUAGUGUAGCCCAGCCCACUAUUAAUUAGUUGCUGAUUUCACCUCAUCAUGGCAACAGGCUUCUCCUUUGGAGGCACUCCCGCUUCCAGUGCAUCAACAGGCUUCAGCUUUGGAGCAACUCCAGCAGCCAGCACAGGAUUCUCCUUUGGUGCAUCAGCUGCCAAACCAGCGGGGACCACCCUUACUCUUCCUACAGCAUCUUCAGCUGGCACUGGUUUCAGUUUUGGUGCGGCCCCUGCGGCCAGCACGCAGGCAUCGACAGGAUUCGGCUUUGGUGCGACUCCAGCUGCCAGCACACAGGCCUCGACUGGAUUCAGCUUCGGAGCGACACCAGCUGCCACCUCCGCCGCCCAGCCGGCGACCGGGUUCAGCCUCGGUGCCCCGGCCGCGACUCCUGCCGCCUCCACGGGGUUCAGUUUCGGCAGCGCGGCCGCCCCCCAGCCGUCCACUGGGUUUGGCCUGGGUACGGCGGUGACCUCGUCGGCGCCGGCGCUGACGCUGAACCUGGGCGGCGCGGCGCCGGCGUCCAGCGCGGCCGUCGGCCUCGGCGGCAAGCUGCAGGUGGGACUGGGCGGCACGGUAACGGCGCUGGACGGUUCGGGCAGCGGCGCGGAGGGCAAGGCCGACGGCAAGGCGCCCAAGGAGACGGACGUGCCGCCCGAGAUCGUGCAGACGGUGCGCGAGUUCGAGAAACACGUCAAGGAGCAGAAGGCCGAGGGCGAACAGAUCGCGCGCCACUCGUGGGGCUCGGUGCAGAACGUGGGCGAGGAGACGGCCGCGCUGCGCCGGCUGCUGGCCGCCGUGGAGGCGUCCGUGCAGCGGCACGCGGCCGCCGCCGCCCAGCUCAAACAGGACGUCUGUGCGCUGCUGAAGCGGGCCGAGGUGGCACAGCGCACCUCGGAGAUCUCUGCCGGCCUGCAGCACGAGAACACGGCGCCGCAGGAGCUGUUCGAGCGGCUGGUGCAGCAGUACGAGGCGGACAUGGUCACCUACCGGCGCCAGAUCGACCAGCUCGAGUCGCUGCUGGCCGCCGCCGACGGCACCGGGUUCGUCUCGCCCGAGGAGCUGAUGCGCUCCAUCCGGCAGCUGCACGAGACGUUCGUCUGGCUGGCCGGCCACCUGCAGACCGUGCACGAGAAGGUGCAGGCGCUCAAGGACCACUACCUGGCCUACCGGCGCACCGUAGUCGGCGACACGAGUGACGUGUUCGCGGCGCGCUCCUCUGCUGCGCCGGCGCGGCCCGCCUCGCCGCCGCCGCCGCGGCCCGGGCCGUCCCCGUUCGCGGUGGACAGGAACGCGGCGGCGGCGGCCGUGGCACAGGCGCUGGGCCAGCCGCCGCCGCCGGUGGCCGCGCCCGCCGUCGGCGCGCCGCUGUACGGGGCCACGCCGGCCGCCGCGCCCGCUGCCGGAGGUCUGUUUGGCAGCGGCUCCACGACGUUCGGCGCGGCGGCGGCGGCCAACCCGUUCGGAACUGCGGGAGCCGGCCUGAAGCUCGACCCGCCGCCCGGUAGCAAGCGAGGAAAAACGAACUGAUUCAGACCAGCGCCCCGAAAAGAUAAAAGAUUUGUAACAGGAUUGUUAACUUGUUGCCUGGAACACUUGGCCUGUAAAUGGACGAUGCCGUUAAAAAUGACAACGAGCAACAUUUUUGUCUUUGUUUCAUGGCUGGCUGGUGAAGUUAAACUUGUCAUACUCUGUCAUCAGUGUGAAAUAAUAUGGACCUAAAAAUAAAGCAAUUACGAUGUGGG